AUGAUCCUGCUUCAUCAAGAAGUUGUAAUGCCAUAGUUUUCUUGAAUGAUUAUGAAGUAUUUGUUAACCAAUUUAAAAUUGUAGAUAUUCUUGGCAUAUCAUCUUUGGAAAUUUCCUCAUCAGCCACCCUUUUCAAAAGUUUCUCGUGUAUUUUAUUAGCAUUCAUUUUCAGUUUAGAAUUAGCUAUACCAGUGUGA